UAAACCUCCUCACCCGUAAUGAGUUCCUUUAUUCUCUUGGUUACUAAAAUCUAUGAUUUGCAUGCUCUUUGGAUACAAUUCAGACUUUGUGAUAAUUCCGUGUAAGGUGUCAUUCGGCGAUGCAACGCUCUUCGCCAGACGGACUGAUGGUUCACAUGCUUUGGGUUUUUCACUUGAUGCUGCCUAAUACAGGGAGUCUCAACUCUAACAGUCCUGCCACCGACAGCUUGUGAUAUUCCAACCGGAGUAAAACUGGCUCUUGGUUAUUAAACUAAAACUCCAAAGUGAGACUGUUAAUCUGCUGUAAAGAGUCUGUGGAUUUGGAGAGAUGGGGUCAGAGACACCGCGCUCAGAUUUCUUGUUGUUGCAUGUGUGCUCUCCUUAUCAAAUGAAUCUUUAUCCGAGUUGAUCUCUCUGUUACGAGUCAUUAGUUUGAGUACUUUUGCAUGAAAUAGGUUGAAGACCCCCAACAUGCCUUAGCUGCUGAAAGGUGAAAAGCCAACGAUAAGCAAAUAAAGUGAAUAACCUUUUGAGAUUAACCUUUGGUGACAUUAGAAACAAAUACCAAAACGAGACCUUUUCUUAGAACCAAGUUCACUUUUAUUGGCCAUUUGUGCCAUAACUUUUGACCAAGUGGACCUAAGGUUAGUGGGUGGAGUCAAGGUGUCCUGACAGUAGCAACAGGUGAAGUUUAUUAGAUUAUUUAUGGCCAUAUUCUGGAUGUCAAAAUGUUGGCUGUGUAAUGUUUCUGUUGUUCUACAUUUGAGAACCUGACAAACUUGUUUUAACAUGUCUAAACACUAAAAAUUGGCUGCUCUCUCCAAACUUUUUGCAGCUAAAUCUCAGUUAAAGUUUUGUGAACACAAAGGGCUGUUGCCACAAAUAAUGCAUUAAUAAAAAACGCAAAUAAAGCAAGUAGAAAAUGUUGAGUUUCUUUUUUUCCAGUAUGAAUUUUGAAACGCAAUCGUGUAGUAAAAUCAAAUAUGUUGCACGUUUAAUCGCAGCUUUAAUCUUUGAAGUCUGUAGGAACAAUAAGCGGCACAAACAAUGCACGUUUCAAAAAUAGAUGACAAGGGCACAUGUGUUGUUGAUUUACAUGGUGAAUGAGUGGCAGGCUCGAUGAGAUCAGCCAAGUGCAUUGUUUGGAAGAGCAUGUAACACCUGUUCCAAACAUUUCUUUAUUAUCGGCAAAAAUAGCCACCUCCACUCAUUCAUCACAUGUUUAUAAUGUGACAGUAUGUGUCCUGGUGGACGUGCGGCAUUCUGCCUUGAGAACGUCUCUGCCUCUUAUGAAUAUGAAUCUGUUUUUAGUGGUCGCCAGUUCUUGUUUAAUAAACACAAUGUAGAAACAUGGUUCAUAAAAGGGAAGUUACGGGUCAGAAGUUUGAAUAUACACUUAGAUCUCAUGAAGAUGUAUAGAGCCCAUAUUUAUAGCUUUGAAUAUGAUGUACUUGGAAUUGAUCAAAGUCAUUGUAUAACCAGGACGGAUUUGCUUUUAUCAGAUAUCAAAUAGUUAUGUCCGACACAGAGGAAGUCGUGGAGGAAGAAGUGCAGUAAGUAUGAUCUCAUUGCAUCUCAAACAUUGUAGUCUUUUUAGGGAUGUGUUCAGAAUGAAAUAUACUACUUAAUAAAUGCUGUGCACUGCCUGCUAUUUACUUCAGAAGUAUUACACUACAUUAUCAUCGCAUGACAAAAUCAGGUAGCAUGUGACUUGACAUUGCUUUUCAUUUUUAAUUCAUGUUUGUGUCAAUAUACGUCUAAUUCUUAUCAUAAGCAGUUAUUAUAACCUUAGUUUCUUUCGUCACACUGGAAAGGGAAGGUUGGGUCACACGCAAUGUAUUUUUUUUGUAGCGAGUCAUAUCUAAUCUGUGCAUGCAGAAUGAAGGAUUGUAUUUUAGUAUGCUAUUCCAAACUUCACCCAAGUCCUCCAGCUAAUCUAAUGCCAUUCAUAAAUCAUCUGGUAUAUUUUAUAACCAACUCAAAGUCAUCUGUUCAUCUUCCUGUCUUUCUCUUUUAUUUUUCUCCCUUCAUCGUGUGCUUGUGUAGGGAAGGUAAGCCAGAGUACCAUUCGUCAUAUCAUGCACUAAUCUUAAUUAUGUCAGGAGUGCAUGAGACCACAUAGACACACGAAUUGCUUUUGUUACGUGCAUGUUCAGAAUGACUGUGGAAUUGAAUUAAACGAGUUAUGUGGAGUAAUGCUCAGAUCCACUUCCACUCAGAUGUCGCCGUCAAUCCCCCUCUUGUGUGCUGUCCAAUGAGCUGCUUGCCUGGAUGGAUUUCUUUACUUUAGGGAUUCAUGAUGUCUAAAAGAUUUCAAUCAUAAUUAUAGUAAGAUAACGUAACAAAAAACCACUUCUUGUAGCUCAUCUAGUUUAUACAAUGAAAUAUUCCUCAUUUACAAGCUGUUGGGUGGAUCUCAAUGUUCUGACUGAUGAUAUGUGCACACAGAAUGAACACUGUUGACUUGAUUCAGCAUCUUGAUAAUGUAAAGACUGAUCUCAGAUUCCUUUUGCUGUUAAAUGUAUUGGCUACUAAUCGUUGUUAUGUUCACACUGUAGUGGAGGAGGCUGAAGAAGAAGGUAAAACACGUUUAUUGAGCCUUUUCCUGCAUGCCUUUUAAUUCUAAAUUAACUUUAAGUUGUAUGAUGAAUUCAUACAUCGUUUUUCUAUUAGAAAAUAAUGUAUUAGGUUAAUAAUUGAAUAGUUGAUUGGAAAGCCCAGUUUCUUCUUUUACUGUGGACAAGUGUCUUUCACAUCCAAACGUUUGACAUGCAUGUAAACAAGAGUUUAUUAAUUUACUCGUCCAUAUAUGCUAAUAUUUAUUUCUUGCUUAAUUCCGUCAUAUGUUCGUUCCAUUUCCUCUCCAUCAGAAGUUGAAGUGCAGCCUCCCCCAGAGGAAGAACCAGCCCCUGAGGUGGAAGAAGUGCCUGAACCUGAAGAAGCCCCUGCUGAGGAGGAGACCGCAGAUGAGCUAAAACCGAAGCCAAAGUUCAUGCCCAACAUCACCGCUCCAAAGAUACCCGAGGGAGACAAGGUGGACUUUGAUGACAUCCACAGAAAGCGUCAGGAGAAGGAUUUAACUGAGCUGCAGUCUCUCAUUGAAGCUCAUUUCAUCCAGCGAAAGAACGACGAAGAGGAACUGAUCGCUCUGGUCAACAGAAUCGAGAAGCGUCGUGGGGAGAGGGCAGAGCAGCAGAGAAUCCGUACCGAGAAAGAGAAGGAAAGACAAGCUCGUCUCGCUGAGGAAAAGGAGCGAAGAGAGCUCGAGGAACAGAGAAAGAAACUGGAUGACGAUGUCAAGAAGAAGAAAGCUCUUACCAACAUGACGCACCAGUACGGAGGAAUCCAGCAGAAGGGAGAGGGCCGCAAAGGGGCAAAGAAACAGACGGAGAGAGAGAAGAAGAAGAAGAUCUUGGCGGAGAGGAGGAAGCCACUUAACGUCGAUCAUCUGUCUGAAGAUAAACUGAAAGAAAAGGCCAGUGAGUUCUGGCAAUGGAUGAUGCAGCUGGAGGCUGAGAAGUUCGACCUCGGCGAGAAACUAAAGAAACAGAAAUAUGACUGCCAAAGGUCGUGGAAAGGGCAAGGUUGGUGGGAGGCUGAGGUAAACGAGCAGGACAUGGAAGUGCUCAAGAAAUCCAGAAGAUUUUGUCACCGUUGCAACAUAGAUAGUUGUGGUCAUUAUGAAACUGUUUGACUGCAAGUGUAGAAACAGUAAAGUGACAUUUCUUUGCGUU